CCACAAGCGAACUUGCAAAGCGGGAGAGAAAAACACGAAGAUAUAUAUAUCAACAGAUAGAGAAAGCUUUAGAACAAAAGUUUUUUUCUCCUUCUAUUUUGAUUCGUCAAAACAGAGUCUCUUCAUAUACAAAUUUCUUACGAACCAAUACUUUCUCUCAAUUUCUCGAUCUUGUUUUCGUUCACCUUCUCUCCGAUUAGCACCGUUAACAAUUUUCACUCCGAUCCGUCUCUUUCUUUUUCUCAUUAAUUUUCUCGGGUUUUGAAUUGGAGCUGUGGAAUUGAGGAGAGAGGAAGCGUGUGAAGUAUGAGCAUUGAUAGUCCCGGCGAAGAGGUGGAUUAGGGUUUCAAAGUUUCAGUCUGGAGGUGAAUAUUCUUCCAAUGGGUGAUGGAGGUGUGGCGUGUUUGCCUUUGCAGCAGCAGCAACAACAACAACAACAGAAUGUUAUCGAGAAGUUGCCAAAUGCGGCGGAGAAUGUGGUUUGUGGAGCGAAGACUGAGAAUGGUUUAAGUUCUGAGUUGGUUAAGGUUCCUGGAAAGAAGAUUAUUACCAAGAAGGUGGUGAGAAAGGUGAAGAAGAAAGUAGUGUCAAUUGUGAAGAAGAAAGUACUUGUGAAGAAGGUUGGAGCUGCGAAGGGAAAAUUUGGAUUGGACGGAGUGAGUUGCAAGGGAAGUAAUGGUGUUGAGAAUGGCGAAUUAUGCGGCGGGCAGAAGGAAGAAGUGGAAGAGGGUGAAUUGGGGACUUUGAAGUGGCCAAGGAGUGAAGUGGAGAAUGGAGAGUUUGCGUCUGAGAAGCUGCUGCCACAACCGCCGCCACCACUGCCAAGGAGAAGUGAAAUUGAGAAUGAGGAUAAUGACAGUGAGAGGUGGAGAAAAAUGCAGGUCGAGAAGGGGGAGGUUAUUUCUGAUAAUUGGAGAAAAGAGGAGAUAAUUUCUGAGAAGAGAUGGAAAGAAACUGAGAAAGGGGCAUAUGGGUCAUGGAGAAGUGAUGAUAUUGAGAAGGGAGAAUUCAUUCCGGAUAGGUGGCAUGGGGGAGGCACAGGGAAGGAUGAUUAUGGGUAUGGUAGAAUCAACAGGUAUGGGCCAUAUAGGGAAAAUGGGUGGAAAAGUGACCGUGAAUGUACAUCCUCGUCUGGGAGGUAUGCAAGUAAUGAGAGUUUUAGGAAGAAUGAAUUGAAUAGAAGUGGGGGUCAGCAUGGUAAAAGUGCUCCUAGGUGGGAGAAUGGACAAGACAGAAAUAUAAGGAUAAGUUCAAAAAUUGUGGACGAGGAGAAAAAUGAACACAAUGGUAGGAUUCAUCAUGCAUGGGAUUACUCUUCUGGAAGUCGUUUGAAGAGGCACAUGAAUGACUCAGACGAUUAUGAGCGGAAGCAGUAUGGAGAUUAUCCUGGUUUCAAAAGUCGAAGGCUAUCUGACGGUGGCUCACGCCAUGUUUAUUCAGAGCAAUAUUCUCGUGUUUCUGUUGAGAGAUCGUAUAGAAAUAGUUCUUCAAAAUUAUCUGUGGACAAGUAUUCUUCUAGGCAUCACGAAUCUCCUUUGCCUACCAGAUCGGCUUAUGAUAAGCAUGGAUGCAGUCCUGGUUAUUCUGAGCGAUCCCCACAUGAUCGAGCUAGGUACUAUGAUUAUAAAGAUCGUGCUCAUACCCGUCGGUCACCUUAUGGCCGUGACAGAUCUCCAUAUAGCCGGGAGAAAUCUCCGCAUGGUCGUGACAGAUCUCCAUAUAGCCGCGAGAAAUCUCCACAUGGUCGUGAAAGAUCCCCAUAUGAUAGGAAUUGGGAAAGAUCCCCGUGUGAUAGGAGUUGGGAUAGAAGUCGUCACCGUGAUCAUAAAUAUAGAAGUCCUACUCAUUCUGAGCGGUCCCCACAAAAUCGAGGUCAGCAACACGAUUGGAGGGACCGGACUCCAAACUUGAUAGAGCAAUCUCCACUUGAUCGAACUAGACAAAAUAUUGAUCAAGAAACAAGUAAUAAAACCUUAUCAAGUGAAAAACAUAAUUCACAAUAUAGUUGUAAGAAUCACGAUAACAAGAGUAUUCAAAAGGAGUCAAAUCUUCCAGGUAUAGAAUCUCAAGGUGAAAGGAUUGUGCAUGAUGCCAAUGAGUCUGUCGAGAAAGGUAUAUGCAAUGAACCUGAAAAGGAACAAAAGUCCUGCAGCCCAGCUGUAAGCUGCAAAGAUUCUCCUUGCUUGCAGCUACCUCCUGUGGAGCAGCCUUCUAUGGAAGAAGAUAUGGACAUAUGUGAUACUCCUCCACAUGUUCCUGUGGUUGCUGAUUCAUCAUUAGGAAAAUGGUUUUACCUUGAUUAUUAUGGUGUAGAACACGGUCCAUCUAAAUUAUCUGACAUCAAGGUUCUUGUUGAUGGUGGUAUACUUACGUCGGAUCAUUUUAUUAAGCACAUAGAUAGUGACAGGUGGCUCACUGUUGAGAAUGCCACAUCACCUUUGGCAGCUCAGAGUUUUCCAUCAAUUAUUGUGUCAGACACCAUAACCCAGCUGGUAAACCCUCCAGAAGCUCCUGGUAAUCUUUUGGCAGAUACUGGGGAUGUUCUUCAAUCUGGUCCUGAGAAUUAUCAGGAAAUGCAAGCGCCUUCCCUGCAACCAAUGCUAUGUCCUGAUGGUAGUACGCUUGCACCUGAACUGUUGGAGGACCUCCACAUUGAUGAAAGGGCUAGUGUUCUCUUAGACGGUUAUGAUGUCAUUCCUGGAAGGGAGCUUGAGGCAAUAAAAGAAGCUUUGCAAAUGAGUUUUGAAUAUGCGAAGUGUGACCGUUGCGGAGACUACAAAGGUUUUCCUGGUCUUGAUGCUUGCUUGAGCAUGGAGUGUGAUUCAAAAACUGAUUUUGCAUCAAGAGGGCAUGGGUCCCAGUUAAAUAUGCCUCCUGACAAGGAUAACGAUGACUGGUUUUCUGCUCGAUGGUCAUGCAAAGGUGGUGACUGGAAGAGGAAUGAUGACUCCCAAGAUAGACAUUGUAAAAAGAAACUGGUCCUAAAUGAUGGCUUUCCAUUAUGUCAAAUGCCUAAGUCUGGAUGUGAAGAUCCUCGGUGGUCUAGGAAAGAUGACUUGUAUUAUCCAUCUCACAGCAGGAAGCUUGAUAUUCCUCUUUGGGCUUUUUGUACUGAUGAGUUGGUUGAUUGCAGUGGUGCUGUGAGCAGACAAGUUCAGAGUAAGCUUGCUUCUGUUAGAGGAGUGAAAGGAAAUGUUCAUUUGGUGGUGAGGAUAAACGCAUGCGUGGUCAAGGACCAGGGAUCAUUGGUCUCCGAGUCACACCUCAAGACCCAAGGCAAGGAUAGAUAUCAUUCAAGAUCAACCCGACCUUCCUCUUCAACCAGUGAUAGCAAGAGAUCAUCAGCUGAAGAAGAUUCCCUGUCAAAAACUGUUAAUGAUCAAGGUUCUCAAGGCUAUUGCAGGACUGUGGAAUUCAUGAAUAUUUCUCAAGACCAUGUUUGUGCCGUCCAUGACUUGCAGUUGCAUUUGGGUGAUUGGUAUUAUCUGGAUGGUUCGGGGCGUGAAAGAGGGCCUUCAUCGUUUUCGGAUCUACAGAUUUUAGUAGACCAAGGAAUUAUAAAAAAGUAUAGCAGCGUGUUCAGGAAAUGUGAUAAGCUCUGGGUUCCUGUUACCUCUUCUCAAGAAACUUACAAUGUCAGUCUCAAGAGUCACCAAGAAAGCUGUUCAGUGUCUGGUGAAUUUUCUGGACAUGCAUCAUUGCAAUCUCAAGGUAUUUCAUUUGGUGAGCCUCAUUCAAAGUCAAAUCUGUUCAACAGCUUAUACCCCCAGUUUGUUGGUUAUACUCGUGGGAAGCUACAUGAAUUAGUAAUUAAAUCAUAUAAGAGCCGGGAAUUUGCCGCAGUAAUAAAUGAGGUUCUAGAUCCUUGGAUCAAUGCAAGACAGCCAAAGAAGGAAAUUGAGAAACAAAUAUUUUGGAAAUCAGAAGCUGAUGCACAUUCUUCCAAAAGAGCCCGAGGGCUGGUUGAUGAUAGUGAAGAAGAGAGUGAUUUGGAAGAUGACAAAUUUGUUAUUGAGAACGAUGAAUCCACUCUUGAGGCUCUCUGUGUUGAUGUUACAUCCACUGGAGAACAAAGUGGCAUUACCGUGUCAAAGGAGGGAAGCUGGGGAUUAUUAAAUGGUCAAAUGUUGGCACGAGUCUUCCACUUUUUGAGGUCUGAUUUGAAGUCCCUUGUCUUUGCAUCCAUGACUUGCAAGCAUUGGAAAGCAUCUGUGAAGUUUUACAAAGAAGUCUCAAGAAAUGUCAACUUGUCAUCCCUAGGUCAUUCUUGCAGUGAUUCCAUAUUGUGGAGCAUUGUGAAUGCUUAUGAGAAAGACAAGAUCAAAUCUAUGGUUUUAAUGGGUUGCACUAAUAUUACUGCUGGCAUGCUAGAGAAAGUUCUUCUUUCAUUUCCUUGUUUAUCUACAGUAGACAUUAGAGGGUGUAAUCAGUUUGAGGAGCUGACUCCUAAAUUUACCAAUGUGAAAUGGAUCAAGAGUCGAAGUUCAUGCACAAAUAAAAUUGCAGAGGAGCCACAUAAACUCAGAAGCCUUAAACAGAUUACUGAGCAAACUUCGUCCGUUUCCAAGGCCAGUACUUUAGGUAUUAGGGAUGAUUUUGGUGAGCUGAAGGUUUAUUUUGAUAGUGUGGAUAAGAGAGACACGGUGAAACAAUUGUUCCGCCAAAACUUAUACAAGCGUUCAAAACUAUAUGAUGCUAGAAAGUCCUCUUCUAUUCUCUCUAGAGAUGCUCGUACAAGACGAUGGUCAAUUAAGAAAUCUGAAAGUGGUUACAAAAGGAUGGAGGAAUUUCUUGUUUCAAGACUGAGGGAAAUUAUGAAGUCAAAUGCCUGUGACUUUUUUGUGCCCAAGGUUGCAGAAAUUGAGGCUAAAAUGAAAACAGGUUAUUACAGUGGGCAUGGGCUGAAAUCUGUGAAGGAGGACAUAAGCAGGAUGUGCCGUGAUGCAAUAAAGGCAAAGAAUCGUGGUGAUGCUAAUGAUAUGAAUCAUGUUAUCUCAUUAUUUAUUCAGCUUGCUACACGGUUGGAGGAGAGUUCUAAAUAUGUGAAUGACAGAGAUGCACUAUUGAAGUUAUGGGGAAAAGAUUUACCCUUGGGAUUAUGUUCUACUUCCUCCAAAUACAAGAAGAAUAGAUUGGUGACUGAGAGAAAGUAUAGGAGGGAUGAAAUACAUGGUGGUUUGGGUAAUGGAGAGUAUGCUUCUGAUAGAGAAAUCAGAAGGCGUUUAUCAAAAUUGAAUAAGAAAUCAAUGGACUCAGAGAGUGAGACAUCUGAUGACCUUGAUGGGACUUCUGAAGAUGGAAAUAGUGAUGGUGAUACUUCAACCUCCAACACUGAUAGUGACCAAGAACUUCAUUUACAGAGUCGAAACAGGGAGUCAAGAAGAAAUGGAUACUUCACACCUAAUGAUGGGUUGGAUUUCAUUACUGAUGAGCGUGAAUGGGGAGCUCGCAUGACAAAAGCAAGUCUAGUUCCUCCUGUUACUCGGAAAUAUGAUGUCAUUGAUCAAUAUGUCAUUGUAGCUGAUGAGGAUGAUGUACGAAGGAAGAUGAGGGUUUCACUACCAGAUGACUAUGCAGAGAAGUUGACGUCACAAAAGAAUGGAACUGAGGAGUCUGAUAUGGAACUUCCUGAAGUCAAGGAUUACAAACCUAGAAAAAAGCUUGAAAAUGAGGUCAUUGAGCAAGAGGUUUAUGGAAUUGAUCCCUAUACACACAAUCUUUUACUUGAUUCUAUGCCAGAAGAGUUAAAUUGGUCUCUGCAAGAGAAGCAUAUGUUUAUAGAAGACACACUCCUUCAGACAUUGAAUAAGCAAGUUAGGCUUUUUACUGGAACUGGAAGCACACCAAUGAGCUACCCUUUGCAGCCUAUUAUCCAAGAGAUUGAAAGGUGUGCAGAGGAGCACAGUGAUGAAAGAAUGAUCAGUAUGUGUCAAGGUAUCCUAAAAGCCAUUGACAGACGUCCUGAUGACAAAUAUGUAGCUUAUAGAAAGGGGCUUGGUGUUGUUUGCAACAAGGAAGAAGGCUUUGGUGAAGAUGAUUUUGUUGUGGAGUUUCUUGGAGAGGUGUAUCCUGUGUGGAAGUGGUUUGAGAAACAAGAUGGGAUACGGUCUCUUCAAAAAAAUAGCAAAGAUCCAGCACCAGAAUUUUAUAACAUAUACCUUGAGAGGCCAAAGGGAGAUGCUGAUGGGUAUGACUUAGUAGUUGUUGAUGCAAUGCACAAGGCUAACUAUGCCAGUCGAAUAUGCCAUUCAUGCCGACCUAAUUGUGAAGCAAAAGUUACUGCUGUUGAUGGUCAUUAUCAAAUCGGUAUUUAUAGUGUUCGUAAAAUUCAGCAUGGCGAGGAGAUCACCUUUGAUUACAAUUCUGUUACAGAGAGCAAGGAGGAAUAUGAAGCAUCAGUUUGUUUAUGUGGAAGCCAAGUUUGCCGUGGGAGCUAUCUAAAUCUGACUGGUGAAGGGGCUUUCCAAAAGGUGCUGAAGGAGUGGCAUGGAAUUCUUGAUUGUCAUUAUUUGAUGCUAGAAGCUUGUCAAUUAAAUUCCGUUUCUGAAGAGGACUAUAAUGACUUGGGAAGAGCUGGUUUAGGCAGUUGUUUGCUCGGAGGCUUGCCGGAUUGGCUAGUUGCUUAUGCUGCUCGUCUUGUGAGAUUUGUUAAUUUUGAAAGAACGAAACUUCCUGAGGAAAUUCUAAAGCAUAAUUUGGAAGAAAAAAGAAAAUAUUUUUCAGAUAUAUGUCUUGAAGUCGAGAGGAGUGACGCAGAGGUUCAGGCUGAGGGUGUAUACAACCAGAGGCUUCAAAAUCUUGCAGUCACUCUUGAUAAGGUAAGGUAUGUUAUGAGAUGUAUUUUUGGUGAUCCAAUGAAAGCUCCACCUCCUCUUGAGAAGGUCAGUCCUGAAGCAGUUGUUUCGUACCUGUGGAAAGGAGAGGAUUCAUUUGUUGAGGAGCUUCUUCAGUGUCUGACUCCUCAUGUGGAAGAGUCUACCUUGAAUGAUCUAAAAUCCAAAGUCCGUGCCCGAGAUCCUUCGAGUAUUAAAGAUAUUCAGAAAUCUCUGUUAUGGUUGAGGGAUGAGGUUCGAAAUCUUCCUUGUACAUACAAAUGUCGGCAUGAUGCUGCUGCUGACUUAAUUCAUAUUUAUGCUUAUACCAAGUACUUCUUUAGAAUACGGGAUUAUAAAACUAUUACUUCACCACCUGUCUAUAUUAGUCCGCUUGACUUAGGUCCUAAGUUUGCUGACAAGUUGGGAGCAGGCUUUCAGGAGUAUCGGAAAAUAUAUGGUCAAAAUUAUUGUUUAGGGCAACUGAUAUUUUGGCACAAUCAGAGUGAUGGGGAGCCUGAUUGUACCCUGGCUAGGGUCAGCAGGGGUAGCUUGUCAUUGCCAGACAUCAGUUCUUUUUAUGCCAAGGCUCAUAAGCCUUCACGGCAACGUAUUUAUGGUCCAAGGACUGUCAGAUCUAUGUUGGCAAAAAUGGAGAAGCAGCCCCAGAGACCUUGGCCCAAAGACCGGAUUUGGUCAUUCAAAAGUAAUCCUAAAUUUUUUGGUAGCCCAAUGUUGGACGCUGUAAUUAAUAACUCUCCACUGGAUAGGGAGAUGGUUCACUGGUUGAAGCACAGACCGGCCAUAUUCCAGGCAAUGUGGGACCAGUGAAAUUUUGCAUGAUUUUGCUGAAGCAGACAGAGAGCCAUCCUGGUCAAACCAUUGUGGUUCAUUCAGAACUGCCUGCCUCUUUUAGCGUGGGGAGUCUGUAAAUUAGUAAUAGAAAGCAUAAUUCCCGCUUUUCUGUCAUUCUUGUGUACAGUUAGUUUUCUUAACCUUUGAUUUGUAAUUCAUUUGGUUGUAGGGCAUUAUUUUACUCUUAAUUAAUAUAUUAUAUAUGAAAUGAAGGAAAAAAAGGUUCAAUUCGAGGCAUUUGCUGUCUUCUCUUGUCUGUUAAA